AUGCUAUCACCUCGGAAAGCUCAUAGACACAAAAGAUCCACGGCUAUAUCUGGUGACUUUGACCUUUCCGAAUUUGCCGGCGGUGACCUGUCCCAUUCGCAUUAUAGGUCCCCGUCCAACAGCAACAACCAGUUCAACAUUGGAUCCCCUUUAAGGUCAGGUCAAGCACUGGACUUAAAUCCCAAGUUUACCUUUUCGAAUAAGACGGAAGGAACGCCUUUGUAUUCUCCUAGUAAGGGUUCUCAGACUCCCAUCACACCUCAUGAGAAUUACACGUCAACAUUCGACGAGCCGUCGUUUAGGUCACCAAGGUCAAACAAAUCUCCACGUCAACGGUUCUUUCUGUCCGAUGACACAAAGAUUGAGAAUGACAUUCCGGCCGCUUUAAUUGACCUGGACGACAUUGGAAAGAAUAAACGUAACGUGACUUUAAGUCUUGACCAAGAUACCAGUUCUAAACUGCACAAACGAACAGAGAGCGCACCUGAAUUUUUCAAUUUCUCUCCCACGAAGUUUCACAGUCAUUUAAUCAUAGAAGAAGAAGAUGACAAUAGCAAUAGUAACAUGAACUCCAUCUCAAGCUUUCAUAAAGCAGCAGACGUCACAGAGAACAAGACUGUAGCCAACAAACACAUUAACAAUGGUCCCUCUUUACAGUUGUUGGAAUUACAACCAGCCAUAAAUGUCAAUAGGAUACCGUCUACCACUCCUCUCAAGUCACCAGAUUUAAAUGGUGAGAGUAAGCAAAAGGAAAAGAGCCCUUCCAGCUCUAUAUUUCAAAUGGACAUAGAGCACAGCUUGAAUUCGCACUCAUCUUUGUCUACGGGGCAAAAGUCGGUUUCUUCAAGGCGGAAGUCCAUGUCUCCAGUUAAACCAAUGACUUUAAAUUAUGCUGAUAUCAGGUUGAGCGUUGGAGAACCUGGUCCUAAAGUUCUCAAAGAAAGAGAAAAAGGGAAAGAGAAUGUAAUAUCUCCGAAGAAGAGCGAAACUUCAAAGAAUCACCGAAGGUCCAAAUCAUUCAACUUUUCCUUUCUUUCAUCUUCCGUAGAAGACGAGAAAACUAGCAAAGGUAGAGGCCGAUUCUUGCACUGGAUGCGAAGGAAACGGGAUUAA